AAGAUUGCCCUAUAGCGGAGACAACAGGCAUUGAUCCAAAAGCGUUGAUGAUCGAGGAACCCAAACAAAUCGAACCUCCAUCGCCUCCAAAGUGCAAGCUUCAACACUGUACAGAAAAAGCACGUGAUAAUAACCCUUAUUGUAGUAAUAAAUGUUUUAUACAAGGUCAUAUAUUGGAAAUCAAAAAAUCACAAGAUACAGAAUUAGUGCAAAAUCAACCCGAAUCUUCAGUUGCUGAAUCAAAAAAGACGCCGCGUGUGAUAUUACCAAAACUAAAAUCACCCGCAAUAAAAAAAGCUGUGUCUAUUCCUACAAAAUCUGGUUUUAUUCCUAAUAAAGCACAUACUACAAGUUCUAGUGAUAAUCGUCCAAAAAUACGCAAUGUGUUCCCGGAGAAACUUAAAGGUGUAUUCACUAAUAAAUAUACGGAACUAGGUAUUAUCGGGCAAGACUACAAAACUAAAGUUCGAAGCCUAAUUACAAGUUUAACCGAUUCCAAAAAUGCGAAUUUGUUGCGUCGAAUACUCUUUGGUGAUAUUCCCCCUGAGACUUUAGUUAUGAUGUCUUCCGAAGAAUUAGCGAAUCCCGAACAGAAAGCAUUAAUGGCCAAAGUACGAAGAGAAAGCUUGCAACGAUCAAUUUUAAAACGUGAAAAUACUGGUCCAAGAAUUAAAACCACUCACAAAGGAGAAUUAAUCAUAGUUGAAAAUGUUCGUGAUUCUCCUCAAGAUUCACCAAAAGAUACUACUACAUACUUUGAGGAAGAUCAUACUUAUGCGAAUUUCAAUGCUCCUGCUGUUGAGAGACCAAAAAUCAAAUUUGAAGAUUUAGUUCCGAAGAAAUGGAUAGACGAUAAUACUAUGGCAUCCAAAAAUGAAAAUUCGGAGGGCAAUCAAUUAGCUCGUGACAUCUCAACUAGUUUGGAUUUAUCUAAAGGAUCUGCUGAUACUAGUGAUAAUAAUGAUAAAAUCAUACAUACUCCCGAUGAUUCCCAUCCCGAAAAAGUUUUGGAUGAUAAAGAAAUAGUUAAUAGUCCUUUAAUAUCACCAAGUGUAUCAUCAGUUAACUCACCAAUACAUUCUCCUCCAAAUUUAUCAUGUCAAUAUUCUCCUGGAAGUCCUUCCGAUAUGCGAUUCGAAUCUCCUGGAACCCCUAUAGGAAGUCCUCCAAGUAAUAAUAUUAAUAUUGUACCUGAGACUGUAUGGAGGGGUAGAUUGGUAUUUGAUAAGAAACUUGGAGAAUUUUCAGGACAUGCGGACCUUCUCGCGGCGAAAAAACGUGAUAAGAAAAGAAAUUGGGAUGAAUAUCUCGCAUCAUCUAUUAUCGUCAAUGGGCAUGUUUCCAAAAUUGAAGAUGUGGAUAAUUAUUUAGUUGACUGUUGGUGUUCACCUAAUAAAGAUAUAGCAAUCAUUAAAUUUGAAAUUUGUGAAAAUCCGAAUACUGAAGAAUUUGAAACUAUAUUUAAUUCUUUGCACUAUGCACCAAAAUCAGCGGACGUAAAGAAGCGUCGAUAUGGACGUGUUGCACCCGCAUAUAGUACUGUAAGAGACAUGUAUCUGAUUUCAUUAGAACCCGAUGACAAGCUUCCAGAUGUUAUAACUUUUUUAGAACUAGAUGGAAUUUUAUCUCUUGAAAAGCGACCAACUAGGUUAUUAUUGGGUGCUGUAAUAAUUGUUGAGGCAGAAUCAAAUAAAACAAAACGUAUACACGAUAUUAACGAGAUAAAUGGUAGAGCAGUUAAGAAAGAAAAAAGCGAACCCGAUACCACGACUAACUUGGCAAAAGUGAUUGCCUUGCCAAAUAUUGGAUCUAAUAUUCAUAAUAACGAAUCAAUUAAAAAAAAUAUACCACCGGCAGCGAGUUCUAUUAGUUCCUCAACAAACUUUUGGCCGAAUCAACAUAAUUCUGUUAAUGGUUCAACUGUAACUUCGGCAACAAUUCCGACGUUUUUGCAGUCGUCGUUAACUACAAAUAAUCAAAAUCAUCCGAAUUUAAAUAUUAAUGUCUCACAAGGUAUUCAACAAACUCCACUUGCGCAACCAUUACCAAUGAUCACUUCUUCUACAAAUGGGCUUUACGGAUUAUCUUCAUAUCCUCCUAAUCCUCAAAAUCCACCAAUGCAAUGGAUGCCUCCAAUACAACCACCACAGCAUCCACAGCAACAAGUAUUUCUUCCUCAACAAGGUCCUCCUCUUGGACAACCACCGUUCAUGCCACCACCUUCAAAUAUACAACAGCAAAAUGUGCCAUUACAAUAUGGACAUCAUGUAAUAUCUGAUCUACCAAAUGGUAUCUCGCAACAACAACCCAUAAGGCAGCAAAUGCCUAUUGGAUCGUCUUCUCAGUAUAACGCUUAUCCGCAAAAUUACAAUCAUUCCCAAUAUGAAUCACCUCGACCACAAUCACGGGAGAAAGAUAAUAGGCCGCAUUGGAAUAGAGAUAAUAGACCGAAUAUGGAUCGAGAUCGAGAUCGAAAUCGUCAUAAUCGACAAAGAAGAAUUGUGAGAGAAGAUAGACGACAUCAUGACUCUGAUGAUUACAGACCUCCACCAAGAGAUCCCAGGCGACCAUCACCACCUUCAUCAGAUUAUCGGGAUUUCAAAAGAGGUGGAGGUAGAGGUGGAAGGUAUCGUUAA